AUGCCCUUUCGUCAAACUUCGAACCUUCCGAUAAAACCCGUCAAAAGAUCGGAAGGAGAGCUGACCGCGAUCUUACAAUUUAUAAGAGAGAAGGAAGAGUUCGGGCAGUGGCGGAAAGUUGAGCUGGAAAAGAUCGUCAACGAAUGUCGCGAAAAGUGGAAAGAGCGAGAUUUGCCGGGAGAAUGCGAAUUCGAGUUUCAGGAGUUUUUUCUUCACGGAAAAGCGACGCAAAUGGUCAGGUGUAGUCAAGAACAGUGCAGGGACAGAGAAGCUGUUUUGGAUUUGAGGGGGAAUGGAAGUUGGUACGACUUGAGGCCCAUUUCCAGACAUUUGAGGACUUGUCAAGUUAACAGCUUCAAUCAUCAACUGCAAGUGACCUUCGAAGUUGCGUUUAAUUUGGACACGGUUUACAACUUGGACUUGUUCCAGAAAGGCUGGUAUAAGAUCAAGAUCAUUCCAAUCAACGAAAAAUGCGUCGAAUGCAUGAGACAUCCCAGUGGCGCCCAGGAGAAAAACGCCGAAUUCUCCCCUUGUUACAUUCGUUAUCGAAGAGAAGAGCGCAAAAUUGCGGAGAACUGGUUAUUUCGAAUCCACCGGUUGGUUUCGUCGAAGCCUAUUUUGGGCGAUAAUCCGCUCGAAAUCGAGGCUGAAUUUUCAAUCGAACUCUGGUUUGGCGAAGACGACGGUGAGGAAGAAGCAGUUUCCACGCGCCGCCUGAAUCUGGUCUUGAAGCCUACCCUUCACGACGUCUGCAAUGUAACUUUCGAUUAUGGCUUUAUGUUGAGUACGAGACUGGCUGUUCAUGGAGCAAUUACUAUAAUCAACCAGCCUUACAGUCGAGAACUGAUAGUGGACGAAGAACCAAAUCGUCUGGAAAAAGCGCUUCUGAAUCGAGCCGAAAUCGAAAACAGCGAAAUGAACGAAGAACAACUUUUUUCAUUUAUUUGCUCGGGACAGCUGAGGAUCAUCCGGCAGCUCCAUCGGACAAUCAAAGCACUGAAAGAAGCUACGCGGCUGGCCCAGCGCGUGAGCGACAAAAAUCCGCCGAAAAUCGAAAGCGAAGAAGAAAUCCUAGCCGACGACAAAAAGUAUUUAGACAACGUCGUCGACAAAACCGCAAAACUGCCAAAGAAGCCAAAUGAAAACGCAUCUCUUCAGGAGAAAAAAGCUUAUUCCGAUCAACAGGAGAAAAUUCGAGCUGACAUCAUCAAUCAAAUUCAAGUAAAUCUGGCGAAAAGCAGCUCGAAAGUGAUGAAUGUGUGGAAGGACUUUCUCGAUGUUUAUUUAAAAGACAGGAGUUGGAAGAGAGAGCUUUCGGUGAAAAAUCGUGGCCUGAGAAUGGAAAGAUAUCUCGGCGGCGCGCUAUCGUUUAUGAACAUCGUCAAGCUCAGCAAAAAUAAACACACGCUGGAGUAUUACGACCAGCUACGGGAUAAAAUGCUGGCUUCGACGUUCUGGGCGCAUUUGCCGCGUCCGCCCGUUUUGGUUCAAGAAACGGACGGAUUCAAUUCAGACUUGCCGAUCAUUAUUCGAGAUUGUUACGAAAAAGACCCUUCAGUUGGAACGACGCCGGUUUCGAUGGAAGACUUGGUUAUUAACGACGUUUUUGAUCACAGCAAAGUGAAUUACGACGUCGUGGACAAGUUUAUUUCGAGCAGGAGGAAUCCAAACGACGUAGAAUUUGAAAAAGAAGAAUUACGAAUCGCCCAUUUGUCGACUUUUGAACCGAGGAAUCAUUCCUUUAUUGCCCAGAGACAGAAAAACAUAAGAGACAUAAAUGUUCAAGGUGAAUUUAUCCGUCCAGUCAGCAACGUUCUCGCUGCAAAAGAAUCGCAUCUGAUAAUCAUGCUCCACGGCCUUGAAGGAAACUCAAACGACCUCCGACUCUGGAAAACCAGCAUUGAGCAGCUGUAUCCUUUGGCCCACUUUGAGUACCUUCUCUGCCAGUCGAAUCACAAUCUAACGCAAGAGACUUUCGAAGAACAGGGCAAACGAAUCACCGAAGAAGUGUCCGAAUUCCUCCUGGCCAAGGAAGUGCUGCCGCAGAAGAUCUCCUGGGUCGGGCACAGCAUGGGCGCUUUACUCGUCAGAAUCGCUGCCAAUUCCGCCAAAUUGGAACCCUUUCAGCCGCUUUUUGAAGAUUUCGUUUCUCUCUGCGGCCCACACACGGGACUGUACUACAUGGACUCGGCCGUCGUCGGAGCUGGUCUCUGGCUUUAUGAAAAGUGGAAGAAGGCGGCCAGUCUCAAGCAAUUAGCUCUCAGAGACGCUAGCCAAGUCUCCGAAACAUCAAUUUUCAAAAUGGCUUCAAACUGCCCGUUGAGCGUUUUCAAGCGCGUUUUACUCGUCAGCGCGGCAGGAGAUCGCUACGUUUCGCCCCACAGCGCGCGAAUCGACACUCCCAAAUCCGCCUUUCUCGACAAAGUGGCCGGCCCGUCGAAUAUUCUUCUGACGGAAACGCUGCAAAAGAAACUGGAAGUCAACAAAACGAUUGUUGAGCGAUACCACGUCUUUCACCAAAAUCUACCUCAAGAUACGGCGACGAAAGUAAUCGGUCGCGCCGCGCACAUAGCUGUUCUAGACUCUCAAGUAUUCAUUUCUGCAUUUCUCGUCGCUUCACGCGCCUUCAACUCUGGCCACGGCAAAAACGCUUUAUAA